GAUACGUACGUACGUGCGUACGCGCGUGUCUGUACGGAAUGCUAUGGGAAUGCAUGAUGAUGACGAACGACUAGUGAAUGUUGUGGGCGCACUACUGGCGCAAGGCACGGUACCAUCACCCGUCCCACUCGGCCUAGUGAAACUUGAAGGGAAGGAAACGGAGACAAACUGUCACCAUUUAGGCGGCAUCAAGCAAACAACACAGCAGCCGUUUGACUUAAGAAAUCCUUAGCGAAAUGGAUGAACGCAACAGGGAAAAGCUGUGCUACCACUAUGACGCAAUCGCUCAGGAGCUGAACACGGAGCACGUCUUGCUGUAUCUGAACGGAACGGUCCUCACCCCGUACGAGUGCGACAAGAUCGCCGCCGGCAAAACGAGAAAAGACAGGGCCAAGUCCUUGCUGGACAUUCUUGUCACCAAGGGCCCGUUGGCUUACCAGCACUUCCGCUACGCACUGAAGGAGCGCUACGCCCACUUGGUGAAGAAACUGGACACCGAGUCUGCCAUUCCCGAACGCGACAACAACACCCCAGUUGCGAAGAAAAUCACCUUCCAGCGGCGAGACUCGCUCAUCCUGAAUCUGAAGACGGACAGCAUCAUGGACGUUUUGGAGAAGGGUGGCAUUCUCAGCAAGGAAGAUUGCAACCAGGUCCGAGCGGGAAUGACCAAGGAGGACAAGGCCAGAGUGUUGGUCAACAUGAUCCCGGAGCGAGGGCCUUCAGCUUAUCGGCAAUUCAAGCUGGCGGUCAAGGCUCACCAACCCAAGCUGGCGGAAUUGUUGGAAUGAUCCAGAUCAACCAACACCUUGAAACCCUCAGCAGCUUUGUGUGAUUUGAGGAUGUGAUGUUAUAUGAACACAGGAAUCAGCAUCACCACCUGUGCCCUUCUGCUAAAUGUCACACCCAGAAAGCAUGCAGUCUUAACUCACACUUUCACAAAGAAGUUUUCACAGUGUGUGUUAAGCCC